AUGGAAUGGUCAAGGUCAGUUAUGAGUGAAGAUCAAGGGAUAUACACAUCUACGUUAGAUCCCGGAGCUGUUCGGAAGACAGAACUUUUGAGGCAAUUUAAGCUGCCGUUCUUGAAAUUGAUUGGCUUUUUCCUCGAAUUCUUUUAUAAGACACCUGAAGAAGGGGCUCAGACCUCUAUAUAUUGCUCAAUAAGCAAGGACAUCGAAGGGGUGUCCGGGAAGUAUUACGUGGACUGCAAAGAAGCAGAAGAUCAGAGUUCAGAGAUGAGCAAAGACAUGGGUGUUGCCAAGAAACUCUGGGAAAUAAGUGAACAGUACACAGGAUUAGCAGAAAAUAACUGAUUAGUUAUAUAUAAUUAUAUGCUUUACCAAUGAUGUGGUUUUUAUUGCUACAAAACAAAAUGAUUGUAUUAUAAUCCAGAAGUGUUUCCAUAGAAACAUUGUUAGUCAUUUCUUGUUCAGUUUUAUAUUAAAUCUUUGACAAACGACAUCUAUAACUUACAACAAAAGACUAUGUGCAGGAUUUGUCAUCUACUUUUGAUCUCGAAGGUUGUUUUUUAUGCCUUAUCAUGAGUAUAUGUAUACAUAUCCUUUUGUUUAGGUUUAAUGAUCUGAUUUAUGCAUAGAUUAUAACAUACAUAAAUGUGAAUAAAAGGCCCAUUAUAUAUAAAUGCGUCAGAAACACCAUCAUUUUCAGUGGCGGAUUCAGGCCGGGGCUUCAGGGCUGCAGCCCCCCAGCACAGCCCAAAGAUACGUUUACCAGCUGGGCUGGAAUAUAUUUUUGGCAGUUUCAAACUUUAUUGGCUGUAGUUUACUCCCUUAUCAAAACAGUAAUUGCUGUCAUCCAGUUGUUAUACUUCUGCCUGGGGGCUUUGCAGAGAUCUUUAUCUAUCAACAUGCUUCAAUGACUUUGAUGUUUAAACUGCAUAAUUGAUUGGUUUAUUACUUUCCAAAGGUCUAAUAAAAUUAAUAGUCACAGCUAGUGGCAAAUAGACGUGUUACAUUGUACAUCAUAUUUUACUAUCUUUGUUUUUCCAUUUCCUAUAAUAAUAAUAUAUUAUUAUUAUUAUUAUUAUAUUUUUAAAUAAAAUUUGAAUUGUA